GGACGAGAGUGCUCAAAUGAGUGAUGACUGUGAUGCCGAGAAAGAAAAUGAUUACACACCAACGAACAAAAAUUUGCUGGAAAAAUCUCGACGAUGGAGAGAGAUCUUCAGAAAUUACAGAACGCAACAUCGUGACAAAUGGGAAAAAGAGAAGGAAGAUGAUGAAUCGAACGACGAAUCGAAGAAUCAAGAAGAGGACAAAAAGAAAGAAUCUACGGAAGAGAAUGAACCUUCUAUCGAUAAGGAGCUUAAGAUAGAAUCAAAGAGAGAAGAAAAGAGGACAGAAAGGAGCAAUAUUCCUCCGUGCUGCGCUAUGAUGCACAUGUUGAGAAUGAAUGAGAAUAAGGGAAACCUUUAUCCCAGUAACACACCAGUUUCGGCCUCGCAGCAGGAAAGUCGUAGUGGAACCAGAGGCCAUGAAUUCAUGAAGUUUUGAAUUGAGAUAUUUUUAUAAAGGAAUAAAAAUAAUCGGGUAAGAAUAAUAACUGCCGAAGCAAAUUUCGUAAAACUGCCUUUUCAUUAGACGUAUCGAAUAGCCUUGAAGUACCGCGCAACGAAUGUCAUCAUCGCGCACAGCAAGAGACCUUUCUGUGAAUGUGUGAAUCUAGACUUCAUUAAUAUUGUGAUUUGGGGACGCUGG